AUGGACUUAGCUGGUUCUGAGAGAGUUUCUCUGACGAAAGCUGCUGGUGAGCAUCUUAAAGAGGGGGCUAACAUAAACAAAUCUUUGUCAGUAUUAGGAAAUGUGAUAAGGCAACUAAGCGAGGGGAAGGAGUUUAUCAGUAAUCGCGAUUCGAAAUUGACUAGACUGCUCUCACAGGCUCUUGGCAAUGUAUAUGGAUCUGUAGUAAAACCUUUAGUCGAUUCCUUCAUGGAAGGUUUCAAUGCCACAAUAUUUGCAUAUGGCCAAACAUCUUCUGGCAAAACACACACCAUUUUGGGCAAUAAAACAGAUCCUGGGCUUUUCCAAUUAGUAUCCAAUCAGUUAUUCCAGCAUGUGGCAGACCAGGUUGAUAAGAGGUACUUGAUUAGAUGCAGUUAUAUUGAAAUCUACAAUGAAAAGAUCAAUGACCUCCUGGAUAAGAGCAAUCAGGGUUUAACUAUAAGAGAAGAUAUCAAAGGAAAUGUGCUGCUUGAUGCAAGGGAAGCUGUCGUAGACAAUGUUGAUAAGUUAUGGAGAACAUGA